UUUGAACACGAUGACAUCUCCAACAGUUAUUGUCUACCUGACAUGUCUGGUCCUGGGGGAAAUUGCAUGGACAGUUUCUCAAAAAUUGUCUCCAUCAGUUCGUCAUGAGAGACGAGAAGCUGGGGAGAGCUUAACUUUAACAUGUGACUUCAAAGGCGAUCAGUCUUCCACACGAGUUUAUUGGUACAAGCAAACAAUCGGAGAUAAAUUAAGGCUUGUCUCUGAAUUCUACAAAUACGGAGGAACUUAUCAUUCUGAAUUUAAAGACAAUCCCCGCUUCACACUGGACGCUCAAAAUGGUAAAAAUCUCCUAACCAUCUCAGAUUUGAACAUGUCAGACUCAGCUACCUACUACUGCAUAAGUUGUAAUUACUGCAAAUUAGACAUUCUGGAAACUGUGAUUGUCAGUGUAAAAGGUCCAGGAGUGAACAUCCCAGCUGUGGUCCAUCAGACUGCAUCAGAGACCAUCGAGCCAGGAGGCUCUGUGACUCUGAGCUGUACAGUCCACCCUGGGACCUGUGAUGGAGAACACAGUGUUUACUGGUUCAAAAACUCUCACCCAGGAUUCAUUUACACCCAUGGAGGCAAGAAUGAUCAGUGUGUGAGGAAAGCUAACUCACAAACAAACACCUGUACCUACAACUUGCCAAUGAAGAAUCUAAAUAUUUCUAAUACUGGGACGUACUACUGCGCUGUUGCUUCAUGUGGACACAUUCUGUUUGGAAACGGGACCAAGCUGGACUCUGGAGAUGGCCUGAACUCUCCUGCCUUGGUGUAUUUAUUGAGUGGAGCUUUGAUAUUUGCGACCAUCCUGAUAGUCGUCAUGGCCUUCUUACUGUACAAGAUGAACAAAAGAAACCGUCUCCUAUCUCAAGAGGCUCAAGCAAGAUUUUCUGCUCCUGCCAUAAGAAACCAUGAGGGUCACAGAGAAGCAGACAACCUCUUCUAUGCCACUCUUAACGUUAAUAUGCCCAACACAUCGAGAAGACAGAGAAACACAACCAAAGAUUGUGUGAGUGAGUGUGUGUACUCCAGCGUGAAGCAGUAGAAGUCAAUUGUUUCUUUGUUACUAUUUCAGCUUGACUUGGUUUUGUAUUGUAUUUUAGAAGACUUGUAAACUUUGUGAAUCAAAUGUCUUUGAAUGUUUAAUUUCUUUCGCCCUUAACUGUAUGUUUUUUUAAAUCAAUUUUAAGUGAUAAAGUAUGAACAAGCAUCAUUCUCUGAUUUAAUUUUUUUUUACCAAAGUACCCUUUUUUUACCCAGCUAAACAGGUUAAUUUGGGGGCUUUUAUGCAUUUAUUUAGUGGACAGGAGAGUGGACAGAGUAAGAAAUCGGGGAGCGACAUGAAUGACAUUCAGAAAAGGAGUUAGAGGUUUUACUCCAAACUGUUACUCCCCGCCUAGAGGACUAUACCCUCUGUACAUGUGGCCUUUAACCUAGCUGUUCAGCAAACCGUUGCUUCUUACCUAAGCAGCAACCAUCGGUGUGAAAAUAGAAGUCAGUGCAGAAUUGCAGAAACCUGCAGUUCCUCCAGUGUCCACUGGAGGCUGGCUGCAGGAGCCCCUAAAGUCACA